UUGGGCCGGUUGUGCCGUUGCGAGGCUGCAGCUGCGAUCGCUGCGGUGGGCCCAGAAUUGUAUCCUGACUUUGUACAUUGGAGAAGCCAGCAGCAUUGCCCGUGUUUGUUUGAGGUGUAAUUGAAAAGUGACUGAUCCUUUCUUCAGAGAUGUCAAAAACAAACAAAUCCAAGUCUGGAUCUCGUUCUUCUCGCUCAAGAUCUGCAUCAAGAUCUCGUUCUCGUUCAUUUUUGAAGUCUCGAUCCCGAAGUCGAUCUGUCUCUUGUUCAAGGAAGCGAAAGCUGAGUUCUAGGUCUCGUUCCAGAUCAUAUUCUCCUGCUCAUAACAGAGAGAGGAAUCACCCAAGAGUAUAUCAGAAUCGGGAUUUCCGAGGUCCCAACAGAGGCUAUAGAAGGCCCUAUUAUUUCCAUGGGCGCAACAGAGGUUUUUAUCCAUGGGGCCAGUACAACCGAGGAGGCUAUGGAAACUACCACUCAAAUUGGCAGAAUUAUCGGCAGGCAUACAGUCCUCGACGGGGCCGGUCCCGAUCCCGGUCCCCAAAGAGAAGGUCUCCUUCACCAAGAUCUAGGAGCCAUUCUAGAAACUCCAAUAAGUCUUCCUCUGACAGGUCAAGGCGCUCCUCAUCCUCUCGUUCUUCCUCCAACCACAGCCGAGUUGAAUCUUCCAAGCGCAAGUCUGCAAAGGAGAAAAAGUCCUUUUCCAAGGAUAGCCGUCCAUCUCAGUCUGCUGGAGAUAACCAAGGAGAAGAGGCCAAGGAGCAGUCAUUCUCUGGAGGCACCUCUCAAGAUACAAAAGCAUCUGAGAGCUCGAAGCCAUGGGCAGAUGCCAGCACAUACAGUGCUGGUUCUGCAUCACGGGCAUUGGCAGUUUCUGAGCUAAGUCCCCGGGAGCGGAGCCCUGCUCUUAAAAGCCCCCUCCAGUCUGUGGUAGUGAGGCGGCGGUCUCCCCGUCCUAGCCCUGUGCAAAAGCCUAGACCUCCACUUUCCAGCUCAUCCCAGAUGGGCUCAGGUCUGAAGAGUGGUUCUGGGUACCAAGCUGGGACACACCAAGGUCAAUUUGACCAUGGCUCUGGGUCCUUGAGUCCAUCCAAGAAGAGCCCUGUGGGUAAGAGUCCACCGGCCACUGGCUCCACAUAUGGCUCGUCUCAGAAGGAGGAGGCUGCUUCAGGAGGAGCAGCCUAUACAAAGAGGUAUCUAGGUGAGCAGAAGACAGAGAAUGGAAAAGAUAAGGAACAGAAACAAACAAAUACGGAUAAAGAGAAAAUGAAAGAGAAAGGGAGCUUCUCUGACACAGGAUUGAGUGAUUCGAAAAUAAAAUCUGAUAUGUUUGCUCCCAAAACUGAUUCUGAGAAGCCUUUUCGGGGUAGCCAGUCUCCUAAAAGAUAUAAGCUCUGAGAUGACUUUGAGAAGAUGGCUGAUUUCCACAAGGAGGACAUGGAUGAUCAAGAUAAGGACAAAGACAAAGGAAGGAAGGAAUCUGAGUUUGAUGAUGAACCCAAAUUUAUGUUGAAAGUCAUAGCCGGUGCAAACAAAAACCAGGAGGAUGAGAAGUCAGGCAAAUGGGAAGUGUAUGCACCUCCAGGGAAGGAAAAGCAAAGGAAAACAGAGGAGCUGGAGGAGGAGUCUUUCUCGGAGAGAUCCAAAAAGGAGGAUCGGGGAGGACUCAAGAGAACCGAAAGUGGGCACAGGGGGUUUGUGCCUGAAAAGAAUUUCCGAGUGACUGCUUACAAAGCGGUCCAGGAGAAAAGCUCAUCACCUCCCCCAAGAAAGACCUCUGAGAGCCGGGAGAAGCUAGGAGCCAAAGGAGACUUUUCCACAGGGAAGUCUUCCUUCUCUAUUACUCGAGAGGCCCAGGUCAAUGUCCGGAUGGACUCUUUUGAUGAGGACCUUGCAAGACCCAGUGGAUUACUGGCUCAGGAGCGCAAGCUUUGUCGGGAUCUAGUUCAUAGCAACAAAAAGGAGCAAGAAUUUCGUUCCAUUUUCCAGCACAUACAGUCAGCUCAGUCUCAGCGGAGCCCCUCGGAACUGUUUGCCCAGCACAUUGUGACCAUUGUUCACCACGUUAAAGAACAUCACUUUGGGUCCUCAGGAAUGACAUUGCAUGAACGCUUUACUAAAUACCUAAAGAGAGGAACUGAGCAAGAGGCAGCUAAGAACAAGAAAAGCCCAGAGAUACACAGGAGGAUAGACAUUUCCCCCAGUACAUUCAGGAAACAUGGAUUGGCUCAUGAUGAAAUGAAAAGUCCCCGGGAACCUGGCUACAAGGCUGAGGGAAAAUACAAAGAUGAUCCUGUUGAUCUCCGCCUUGAUAUUGAACGUCGUAAAAAACAUAAGGAGAGAGAUCUUAAACGAGAGCACCGGAGAACACGAGACCGGUCCAGGUCAUCAUCCUCUUCCUCCCAGUCAUCCCACUCCUACAAAGCGGAGGAGUACACUGAAGAAACGGAGGAGAGAGAGGAGAGCACCACCGGCUUUGACAAAUCAAGACUGGGGACCAAAGACUUUGUGGGUCCAAAUGAAAGAGGAGGCAGAGCUCGAGGGACCUUUCAAUUUCGAGCCAGAGGUAGAGGCUGGGGCAGAGGCAGCUACUCUGGUAACAACAACAAUAGCAGCAACAAUGAUUUUCCAAAGAGAAGCCGGGGAGAGGAGUGGGACCCCGAGUACACGCCCAAGAGCAAGAAGUAUUACCUGCAUGACGACCGCGAAGGCGAAGGCAGUGAGAAGUGGGGCGGCCGGGGCCGGGGCCGAGGAGCCUUUCCCCGAGGUCGAGGCAGGUUCAUGUUCCGGAAAUCCAGCACCAGCCCCAAAUGCCAUGACAAGUUCAGUGGGGAAGAAGGGGAGAUGGAAGACGACGAGAGUGGGACAGAGAACCGAGAAGAGAAGGACAAUUUACAACCCACCACUGAGUAGGGGCCGAUCCGAUGGGAGCUCCUACCCAGGGGGGGACAGGCGCUAGGAAAUGGCUGGUGAAGAACUAAACAGAAGAGCCCCAAGAAGAGUCUGAAAAUCCCCCCACCAGCCAUGCAGAAUGCUACUGUAGCUGAAAGCAUC